AUGUCACGUCGGGGAGUUGGCCUCGGUGCCUUCGCUAACCGCAAUCAGGCCACGCAAUCCUACGCUACUCAUGGAGCAAAUCUACGUUCUUCACAUCUGGCAUCUCUCCAGACCCAGCUCUCCGUCUUCCAAUCCUUGCUACACACAUUCGCCUUAGAGCAUAGCUCCACGAUAAAAUCAAACCCCACGUUUCGGGCCGAGUUCGCGCGUAUGUGCAAUACCAUUGGGGUUGAUCCCUUGGCCGCGAGUAACAUCAAAGGCAAGAAUGGUCGUAGAGGGCUAGGCGAAGGAGGCAGCUUUUGGACACAGAUCAUGGGCGGUGAUAUGAAUGACUUUUACUUCGAGGUUGCCGUUCGAGUUGUGGAGCUAUGCCGUGAAACCAGAAGCGAGAACGGAGGACUGAUCGGGGUGGAAGAGUGUAGGAAGCGCGUGCGCAAAGGCAAAGCUAUUGGAAGUGGAUUAGAGGUUUCGGCAGAUGAUGUUUUGCGUGCUGUUCGGUCUUUGGAACCCCUUGGGUCUGGGUUUUCCAUAGUUCAUGUCGGCGCUAAGCAGUACAUUCGAUCCAUACCUAAGGAGCUCAACACCGAUCAAGCAACUGUUCUAGAGGUGAUCCAAGUUCUAGGAUUUGUGAGCGUUUCAAUGCUUCGACUCAACCUCAAUUGGGAAAAGGCACGAGCACAGACAGUCAUUGAUGACCUCCUUGCCGAUGGCCUUGUCUGGUUGGAUGCACAGGGACUGGAAAGAGAAUACUGGUCACCUCAAAACCUACUUGACGACAGUGGAUGA